AUGUCCAGCGCUAAGAGUGACACCAGGAGUCCGGACGCCAUUGCUUCCCAGAAGAGGCUUGCGCUGCGUCGCGCCGCUCGCUCUCCGGCCAGCGUCUUCUUCAACUUUGUCGUGUUCCCCGCCUUCAUCCUCGUGACACUAUGGAGCUAUCUGCAGUACGACUUCAAGUGCCUUCUUACCCGAGACUGUACAACCGUCGAAUCCCGCGCCAUCAGGAUUCUCAGAGAGAACCCGUUGAUCGAUGGCCACAAUGACUUGAUGAUAAUGCUGAGAUACCUGUAUCGAAACCGCAUCAAUUCCGGCAAUUUUUCCUCCAAGUUCGAGAAUGGUGGUCUGGAAUACCAUGUCGACGUGCCGCGCAUCGAGGAAGGACUGAGCAGCGGCGCGUUCUGGAGCGCGUUCUUGCCCUGCCCUUCCAACGCCACCGACUUCUCCGACGAGGCUUACGCCCCCAUCGUCAAGGCAACCCUUGAGCAGCUUGAUCUGUAUCACCGUCUCGCCGCCAAAUACCCCAAAUACUUCACCCCCACUCCUGACAGCGCCUCCGCUCUCCGCGCCUUCCGAGAAGGCCGCUACAUCGCCCCCGUCAUCAUUGAAGGCCUGCAUCAAAUCGGCAACUCCAUCCCAACCCUCCGCCUUUUCCACCAGCUCGGCGUCCGCUACGCUACCUUGACCUGGAAUUGCCACAACAUCUAUGCCGACGCCGCCGUCGUCACCAACGAAGAGGGCCAGGCUGUCCGCAGCUCCCCGUACUGGGGUGGCGUGUCAGCCGCCGGCCGCGACCUCAUUGAGGAGAUGAACCGCAUGGGCAUGAUCGUCGACCUGGCCCACGUCAGCCCCGACACCAUGCGCGACGUUCUGGCCGGCUCCAAGGAUGGUAGCUGGGCCGGCAGUAUCGCACCGCCCAUUUUCUCGCACAGCUCCGCAUACGCCCUCUGCCCGCACCCGCGCAACGUGCCCGACGACAUCCUGCACUUGGUCAAGGAGCGCAACUCCAUCGUCAUGGUCAACUUCAACCCGGGCUUCAUCUCUUGCACUGCCUCUGACUCCGGCACCGGCAUCCCGGACCUGUACGAGCCAAACGUCACGCUUGCCCAGGUCGUCAGGCACAUCAAGUACAUCGGCGAGCUCAUCGGAUAUGACCACGUGGGCCUCGGCACAGAUUUCGAUGGAAUCGAAGGCACGCCCAAGGGCCUGGAAGACGUGAGCAAGUUCCCCGACCUCGUGGCUGCGCUGCUCAGCGAAGGCGUCAGCGAUGAGGAUGCGGCGAAGAUUGUGGGCAGGAAUCUGCUGAGGGUGUGGGAUGAGGUCGAUCGAGUCGCGGCGAAGCUGCAGAAGGAAAGGCCGCCUUUCGAGGACGGUACCUCGGAUUUUGUCAAGUCAAUGCCGGACUGGGCCGAUGGUACGGAUUUGUUGUGA